AUGAGCGGCCCUCCUAAGACGCAGGCUCUCAUCGACUCUCUCGCCAACUCAAAAUGCGAAUACCGCCGCCUAGGCCAGUCAGGCCUCCGUAUCUCGGUCCCUAUCUUCGGCUGCAUGUCUUUCGGCGACUCCCGCGCCAUGAGCUGGGCAGUCGACGAGGAAAAGGCCCUCCCCCUCCUCAAAGCAGCCUACGACCGCGGACUCAACACCUGGGACACGGCCAACAUGUACUGCAACGGCGCCUCUGAAGUCCUCAUUGGGAAAGCCCUCAAGCAGUACGACAUCCCCCGCCACAAACUCAUCAUCAUGACCAAGUGCUUCUGGGCAGUCGGCGAAGAAAUCGAGCUUGCCGCCUGGCAGAACAAUAAGGAGAUGGUGACCAAGUCCAAGGACUACGUCAACCAGGGUGGUCUGUCAAGAGCGGCGAUUUUCAACCAGGUCGAGGCGAGCUUGAAGAGGCUGGAUACGGAUUACAUUGAUCUGCUGCAGAUCCACCGCUUCGAUCCCGAGACGCCCAUCGAGGAGACGAUGAAGGCGCUGCACGAUCUUGUGCAGAGCGGGAAGGUGAGGUAUUUGGGAGCGAGCAGCAUGUGGGCGACGCAGUUUGCAAGGAUGCAGUUUUGUGCCGAGAGAAACGGUUGGACCAAGUUUGUCUCGAUGCAAAAUCACUACAACUUGCUGUAUCGUGAAGAGGAAAGGGAGAUGAACAGGUUCUGCAACGACACUGGGGUGGGAUUGAUUCCAUGGGCGCCGUUAUGCAGGGGCCAUUUGGCCCGGAGGCUGGAUCAGUUUGGAUCGACGGAUAGGAGUAAGGGGGAGAAGGAUAACCAGCCUGGGGCCCAUGGUACAGUCGAGCCUGACAUUACUAUUAUCAAAAGGGCCAUUGAGUUGGCGGACAAGCAUGAGUGGCCUAUUUCCCACGUUGCAUUGGCUUGGAUCAACAAGAGAGUUGCCAGUCCCAUUGUCGGGUUCAACAGCAUUGAACGGAUGGAGGAGGUGAUUUCUGCCAACGGCAAGGUGUUAACGGAGGAGGAGGAGAAGUAUCUUGAAGAACUCUACCAGCCAAAGGCUAUCCAAGGCCACGCUUAG